AGGUUCCCAAAAAUCCGAGCUGCAAAGAAUGCAGCAUGGUGUCGAAUGCGGAAGUAAGCGCACGAGCUCGACCGCUUCUCAACCGACUGUAAACAAGAAUGCUGUGAAACAGGUCUUUUUGUGAAUUAGCUUUUUCUACGCCAAAGAGACAAACCUCAUGGCCAUGUCUCAGAAGGAACUGAAGGAGGCGUUUGUCAGCAACCUGAACGGGACCAGUCUGCAGGAGGUGGCCCUGGGCUCGUUUCUCACCCCGCUCUGCCUCAUCAACAGAGGACUCAUUCUGAUCCUUUACCAUCAGGCCAAAGGGUCUCUUCCGCUGCCACUCCCACUGAUUUCUCACCUGCUUCUUGACUUCUCUGUCCUGAUUCUCCCCCUCGUCCUGUCAUGCACCGUUCUGAGCAGCAUUCUUCACCAGGUCAUCAUAAGCCUGACCAUUGUUUCGGCUUGUGUCUUAUGCUAUAUCUAUCGCACCAACAGCCACCCUACUGCUGGGCACCCACAGAACACUGUCAGCUCCUUCCUUCAGAGUCACGUCCAAGUCAACCAGGUGCCCUUUGUGACUAUCUUCCGAGUGUUUGUAAAUGUGAAAACAGCCAUCAGCAUCCUUGCAGUAGACUUUAGUGUCUUCCCAAGGCGAUAUGCUAAAACGGAAACCUAUGGUACAGGGGUAAUGGACUUUGGGGUGGGAGCAUAUGUCUUUGCAAAUGCCCUUGUAUGCCCAGAGGCACGGAGGAAGCACAUCUCAGGAUCCAAGAUGAAUCAUAUCACGAAGCAGCUCCUGUCUGUCUGGCCCCUGGUGGUUCUUGGCAUGGCAAGGCUGGUGAGCUUGAAAAUGAGCGGUUACCAGGAGCACGUGACAGAGUAUGGUGUCCACUGGAAUUUCUUCUUCACGCUAGCCAUCGUCAGAGUUGUGGCCUCUAUGAUAUUGGCUGUGCUACCACCCAGUAAGUCAUGGGUCUUUGCCCUUCUGAUCGGUGGGUUCUAUCAGUACACUCUGGAGACAUCAGAGCUCAAGGCCUUCAUUAUCCACAACAAUGACAGAGAAAAGGACUUUUUGCACGCUAACAAGGAGGGCAUAUUCUCUGUAGUGGGCUACGUAGCCAUCUACUUGGCAGGGGUUCAGGUGGGACUGUAUUUGAUGCAACCAAGAUCCCAGGUUAGACAGUGGCUCAAAGUACUUUCCAACCUCUUGUUGGGAAGUUUGGUCCUGUACACUGGCUUGUACAUAUGCCAGACACUGGUGGAGCCAGUGUCUCGUCGCAUGGCAAAUUUACCUUUCUUCAUCUGGAGUGUUGCCCAGUCUUUGUUUUUUAUGUCCUGCCUUGGUGUCGCUGAUAUGGUUUUAUUGUUUUCCAAAAGAACAUCAGGCUGCCAGUUGGUACCCUCAUCAUGGAGUUUGUGUAAAAAACAAUCCGAGUCACUCCCUGACAAAAAGACAGGUGAAAUGGAAAGACGCUGCCUUGCUCAAGCUGUCAACAGGAAUCAGCUGUUAUUUUUCCUGCUUGCAAAUCUCAUGACAGGAUUGACCAACUCCGUAGUGGACACACUCAACUGUGGCAGUUUGAUUUCAGUGUGCGUUUUGCUUUUGUACAUGUUCAUGAAUUCCCUCGUCAUAUACAUUUUACAUCUCUGUGGAAUUACAGUGAAAUUCUGGUGAAACUACAUUUUGUAAAUGCACCAAAGGGUUUGUUUGUGUAUUUUGAAGUUCUUUGUGGGGCUGGUGUGACACACAUUAAAAUUCUGGGCAAUCAAAAGCACUGGGAAGAGUUAAUGUUGUAAGAUAUGUGUACAUUAUUUAUUAAUGCAUGAAAAUGAAUGCUCUGUCUUGAUAAAAUGGUGCUUUGGAUUAAGUGAACACUGUAAAACAAUAUACAGUCAAAUGUAGUUAAGAUGUUUGCUUUAAAUUUACGUCUGUGAAUUUUUAUUUAAUUUUUUUUUUGUUGACAGUUUGCUCAUUUCUGCUACAUAAUGCAUUCUGCUUAUACAGGAUUGGUUUACCAUAUAACUGGCAUUUGUCUGGUUUUACUUGAAUUAUAAGACCUCUGACUUUCAUAAAAGGGAAAUCAGCAUUUUAAAAUGAUGUAGUAAGUGAACAUAGCCUGUAUUGAGAGCGAUUUUUUUCUGUAUAUCUUGUACACAUCUGAUGUACAAAUGUUUUAUUAUUUCUCGUUUGCUACUUUACUGCUUAUUGUAAUACUGUUUUGCUUGGUUUGAAUUUCUUCCUGCUCAAAUCUUAGUGACUGCAACACCUGUGCUAAAUUAAAUGAUUCGUCAGUAUUGAAAAGCA